GUAGUACUCGCGAUCGCCGGCUUUUACCGGAACUUUUUUUUUGUUUUUGUUUUUAUUUUCAUUUUUCAGUUUUCAAAUUUUUUUCGAAAUUAUAGUGUAUACAUUUAAGUUUAAGUGUUGAUUUGUGUUGUGUUCGAAAUAACCGCGGCGAGUGUUUUUAGAUUUUUAUCUAGGACGAGGUUUAGGAGCUGGGCGACAACGGAACAGGAACAAAAACACUACUAACCGAGUUUCAUUAAAAGUUAUUCACAAUACUUUGUACAAAUUAAAACUACGAUCGACAUAUUCUGAACAUAUUUGCCCUCUCCAGAGAUAGUAGCCUUAUAGCAACGGUUGUAGCUGUAAAUUCGUAACAAAAAAGCCUUGCACAGUUAUCGGUAAAGAUUUUCCGCGAUGCCAGUUCCACCAUCUUUACCAUCUCUGAAGAAAGCGAACAGUUACCUAGACUCCUACCCAUCAUCGAGCACUUUGAAUGGAUACAGCCUAUCUCCAAGCAGUUCAAAUGUUUCGAUACCUUCGUCAGGAUUACCAACUAGUCCAGUAUCCUCAGUUGGUUUACCCCCGGCUGUACCUUACUCCCAACAUGCCAGGAGGUUCACUCCAGCUAGAAAGAUGCCCUACAUGGCUGGGUUAGACGUGCCUAGUGACAGAAAACCUGUAAUGUUCCACUCGAGACCUUUGAGGAGUCUCACCGUGGUCUCGGAUUCACCAGAUAGAAGUAGAAGUUGUACGCGGUCACCUAGCCCUACACCAAGUAACUAUAGCAUACGUUCAAAUGGCAGCUUUAGGUCUGUUCGAUCUAGCAGCUGUUGUCCACCACGAAGAGUGUUUCCUCAAAGCUACGAACGAUCAGAAUGUGAUCUAAGAGCCAAAGAAGAAAGCCCAGUUGUCUUCGAUGCCAACUUGACCUUCAUCCUAGGCUGUAAAGGAAAACUGAGACAAAACGUAACGCCGAUACCGGCUCACGAAGACGCAGCAACAGCUUCAAAUGCCUUGACCAAUAAGAUAAACGAUUUCCUGCAAAGAACAGAUCACGUGAUGGACGAAUGGAAGCUUUUGGGUAGGAAGGAAGACGAACAGCACAGUAUGAGGAUGAAGAAGAGCAAGUUGUUGGGGAGGUCGAGGAGUGCCACGAAUAUCAUGAUAAAGGGGUUCCAGUAUUUCAGUAGAGCGAGUAGUUGCAGUCGGUCUUCGAUGACCAGGGAUUUGGAGGCGAAUGAAGAUGCCGCUACCGUGGCUGAUGUGGAUGAGCUAAGCGAGAUGACAGCCGACCUGGCUGAAGAACAUUCGACCGCCACCUUAGCAGCUGAACGUCUCGAUGCUGAAACAUCGGAAAGACUGAAGCUCGAAAAAGAACUCACAGAUGUCCAGAGUAAGAACAGGGAGCUACAGCACGCUUCAGAAAAGCUUGAGAUGGAGUUACUAUAUGCCAGAUCAGACCUAAAUGGUAUAUCAGAAGAAGACGAGGAAGGAGAUGGUGAAAGCGGAGGUGUAUAUAAGCAGAGAUACGAAAGGGCAGUAAAAGAGCUAGAAUUUACAAGGCGAAGACUGCAACAACAACAUGAAGAUGACCUGGAACAGCUCGUUGGAUUGAAGAAGCAGCUGGAGAAAAAGCUGGCGGAUGCGUAUGAAGAAGUGGAAGAACAAAGACAAGUCGUCGGGCAGUGGAAAAGAAAAGUGCAAAAGCUGAAUGGAGAAAUGAACGAUCUACGGCUACUUCUAGAAGAACAAAAUGGUAGAAAUAACUUGUUGGAGAAGAAGCAGAGAAAGUUUGAUUCUGAAACGCAGAUGCUGCAGGACGAGCUGAAAAAGGAAAGACAAGUGAAGGAGCGGCUGGCUAGAGAAAAGGAAGUUUGUAUAGCGGAGAAGUACCAAGUUGAGACUGCACUUUCGGACACCAGGCUCGAACUGGAACUAAAAGAAGAGAAACUGCUCGCCCUUCAAAGGGAGUUCGACGAAGUCACGUGCGGCGGCAAGACGGAAGAAGAAGUUACCGUACUUCGCAAACAAAAAAUCGACCUGGAGCGAAGGAUGAAAGAUCAAGAAGAAGAACUGGACGAACUGGCUGGUCAGGUGCAGUUGUUAGAGCAGGCCAAACUCAGGUUAGAGAUGAAUUUGGAGCAGAUGCGCAAAGAGUCCAAGAAAGAAGCUAGUGCCAGAGAUGAGGAGUUGGAAGAUGUUAGGUGUAAUGCUCAGAAAAAGGUUAAAGCUCUGGAACAACAGCUAGAAAAUGAACACGAAGAAAGAACACUUUUACUCAGGGAAAAGCAUGAGCUUGAACGACGCUUAGCUGCAGCUGCAGAAUCUGAAAGACAGGACAGAGCUGGCGAUGAAGCGUUGCUUCACAGGUUGAAGAAGGAUGUCAAGAGAACAAAAGCUCUGCUGAGAGACACUCAAGCGCAACUUGAACGGCAGAAGGCUGAAACUCCAGGUAAGGCAAUGAUCCGCCAGUUACGCAACCAAGUGGAAGACCUGGAAUGCGCCAGAGCUGCCGCAGUUAAAGCCAAGCAGAGCCUGGAAAACGAACUCUUAGAAACCCAAUCGAUGCUUGAGGAAGCGAACAGGCAAAAACAAGAAGCUGAAGAACGGGUCAACCUUCUGCUACGAGAAAAAGCCGAUCUGCAAACACAGUUGGAAGAAAACGAAGAAGAGCUAGCAGAAGUGCUGAAGAAAUUCAAAGGAACUGUCCAGCAGAUGUCGCUGGACCAGAUGGCGUUGCAGGAGCAGGUGUCGUUGGUGUCUGAGCUGGAGAUCGAAAGGAAUCACUUGAAGGAGCAGCUUGCUGAGUUAACGUCUAAGUUGGAGUCAGCUGAAAGUAUGGGCGAUGCUUCGUCUAACUUGCUUGUCAAAAGGGAGCACAAAACAAAUAAUGAUAAGGAAUUAGCUGCUAAAAACUAGAACACUAUUAUUAGAAUCAUUAGAAUAAGAGAAAGUAUAAAAUUAAAAUAUUUGAUCAUAGAGUUAUGUAAAUAUAGUGAAGGUCGGAGUUGAAGGUAAAAGAACUGGAAUCAAAACUAGAGUUAGAACAGACCACGAGAUCUAGACUAGAGGUCCAAAUAACAAGACUGAAGGAAGCUGUUGAUAAAGCACAGAAUGACACUGCACAGACUAGGGUGAAAGAACAGCAAGCUCAGGAUCAAAUAAGGAAGUUGCAGAGACAACUAAGGGAAAUAAAAGAAGAACUAAAUAAAAGCUUGGCCAAGGAGUCAGAGGUGAUUCUGAAGAAGAAAGAACUGGAAAAACGUUGUGAGGUUUUAGAAACAGAAAGUGCUACUGCCAGAACAGACCUAAGAUUGGCAUUGAAAAGGAUAGAGGACCUGCAAUCUGCCAUCCAGGGAGAUUUAGAAGAUACCAUAUCAGAUAAUUCAGACAGUGAUCCAGACACCUAUAGCUCAGACGAGUCAGUCAACACAUUUAUGUCGAACCACAAGCUGUCAUCUCCAAAAAGUGAGAAGAACCCUAUGAGUGGAAGGACUUCCUGUACUACAAGUCGAUCGAGUACCUCAAGCAACUUGGCCAAGGACGCAACGUCAUACACCUGAGUGGCGGCGAAUAUCUGCAGAACAAUAUCGAUGACUUUCUGCAGGCAAGAAACCGGUGAUGUAGACAGUGUUAUAGCUGAAUACGUAUAACCUUAGCGUGUGUCCUUAUUUACAAAGCUAGUCUAAAAGGUUAUCGAGCAAUAAUUUAGAAAUCGCGGUGUUGUCACGAUAUGUCGGAUUCCGUAUAGGUCACCACUCAAGUUUUAAGUGGUGUUAUAGUGACAUCUGGCUUUCUGUUAGACCGCAUAUGUACAGGCUGUAUUACUUAAUGAUACGCCGUAAUUGCAAGGACGCAUUCCCCCAUUUUUUAUUAACAUCUCAAAGAUCUUUGUGCCGAUUUUGUUGAAUUUUCGCAGUGUUGUUCAUUUCAAUAAGACGCUGAGUUAGCACUAAAUAGGAGAUAAGUAUCAUUUCCAAUGGCGUCUCGAGGGAAAUUCUCACGGAUAAUACUAACAAAAAUGUACGACACUACAUUUCUAAAAUACUGAGUUUUUUGGGUCAAUUAAUUAAAUAAUUGAAAAAAAUAAUGGUAGUCUCCAACUUUUUUGUAAAUACUUAUUCUAUUUCUUCAUUUUAAAAAAUGGCUAAUAAGUGAGCAUUACGCAUCGAUCAAAUCAUAUUUAUUUCAUAUUAACAAUUUUUCGACAUGUUAUGUAAUCGUUUUUAUUUUCUCUUCGAAAACGAAGCAAGAUUCGAAGGUAUACCGAGAUAAAAAAAGUUGUAUUUUAAAAAUAUAUAUUUUAUAAUUUUUAUUAUUCAUGAGACAGCCCUCUGACUCGCCAUUGGAAUUGAUAAUUAUCCUCUAAAUGAUGCAAACUUCGUAUUGCAAUGAAUAAUACUGCCGAAAUUCAACAAAAUCGGCACAAAAAUCUUCGAGAUAUUAUUAAAAAUUAAGAUAUUUUUUAAAAUCUUGGAAACCAAACUUUUUAGGGCAAAUGAACUUUUCUACUUGUAUUUGGUUCAGGAAUGUGCCCUUGUAAUUACGACCUAUGAUUAAGUAACACCAUGUACAGUUGCGAGCCUUUUUACUGUCUAACUCGCUGAUAAUUUGAAAAAUAAGUAUCUUCUGAGCCACUUCUUUCAAACGAUCUUUAUAUUUAGCAAUAUAGCAGUUUUUAUAGUAAAUUUAUGAUAAUUCAUCAUUCAAUAUUCGCAUUUGGAUUAUAGUGACAGCACAGUACAUAAUUUUAUUUAUCCGUUCCAAACGCGAAUUUUUAGGGCACUAGAUUUUCCCAUGCUUUGUGUUUAAGGGCAUGAAGAUGAUGUUGAUUUUAUGAUAAGACUGAGGGUAUUAAGGAAAUUAUUUUAACUUAUUGUUGGUUUGUUGUACUUAUUUAAACCUCCAUCAUUUAUAGCUGCUAUGUUGAUCAACUGCCAACUUAACGAAUAUUGCAAUUUUUGUAUGUUUUGAGUGUUGAUGGAAAUAUAAACAGUAUUAAAACUCUUGAUAUUCUGAAAGAUGUAUGUCUGCUACAACUCAAGAAUAUUUUUCGCAUAUCGUAAUUUUUAGUAUCAUCGAAAAAUCAUUUUUGAAACUUGAGUAAUACAUCGCAAAACUCUUCGCUCAACAUAUUUUCUUUUUUUUUCAAAAUAUCUUGAUUGUCCAAUCAUGAACAGAGUCUUGAGCUAAAUAGAAUGUUAAGACCGGAUGAUAAAGCUUAUAAAUAGUUUCUAUAUUUUCCAUUAUGCCAUUCAUAUUAGUAUAAAUGAUGGAGUUUUUAGAGAUCAAAAUUCAUUUAUUAAGCUAGAAAGUAUAAUAUAUUGUUAUUUUUACUAUUUUAUAAAUGUAAAUAAGCUUCCUUCAUGUAAUUAAUUAUUUGUACCAUAUGUCUUUAGAAGUGUACCAUUUCUUACAUAUUUAAUUUUUAUAAAAUCAUUGUACCUAUUUAGAAAUCUACCAUAUUAUCUGUAAUAUAUUAAUGUUGUGAGCAA